AGGACCUAUUUCAGACUUAACGAAUCUUCUAACACAUUUCAGCAUAAUUCUACUGCUGUUUUCUUUAUUUUAAAGAUAGCAGCAUAAAUUUCUCUCUUUUGCAGCUGGAGAUUAAAUGAUACCAAGCAGAAUCUACUAUUAGAUUAGAUUACCAGGACACAACAUUAGACGGUGAAAAUGCGAAAAGCCGUGUUACUUUAUUUUCUUCUGCUUGUUUCUCUGGGUAUUGCUGUUGCUCAGAAUGAACACAAUGGAAUGCCUAGGAGAGCAAGGAGGAGAAUGCGCUAUAGAGGAUUAAGAAAGGGCUCCAUGAUAUAUCGUAGACUAAACAAGAUGCCACAAAUAAAACCUCCAGUUCCUACUACUCCAGCGCCAAGCAUCCCACUUAUUGAUAGUGAUGGUGAUAUUACAGGAAUAAUUGACUCUCUUAUUGGUUUGGAUGGACAAGAAUCCAGUUACAACAUUUUACCAGGAAAGCAAGGACGUUGUUUUGCAAAUGGAAUGAUUUUGUAUGAUAAGGCAGUGUGGUCGCCUAAACCUUGCAUUACAUGCCUCUGCUCAAAAGGAAAGGUGUUGUGUGAUGAAACCUUGUGCCACCCCCUGACAUGUCGCAAACCCAAGAUACCCGAAGGAGAGUGCUGUCCCGUGUGUACAGAUAUUGGUGAUGCAUCUGAAUUUUCUGGUGAUUCUCCAGAGCCUAAUGACCGCAGUGAUCCAGUCCAGCAAGGUCGACAGAGACACGGUCAAAGGGAUGAAAAAGAGGAGAAAGUAUUUGACAAAAAAGAAAUGACUAUAAAAAAGAAAGGUAGCAUUAGCAGGAAAAGAAUAAAAAGCCACAAACAGAGAAGAAAACAGGGACACAUAAAUGAUCAAAUGGAAAAAGAGGAGAAAAUGAGGAUAGAAGAAGAAAAAAGAAGAGCAUAUGAAGAAGAAGAGCUAAGAAUUGAAAAGGAACUAAAAAAAGAGCAAGAACAAAAUAAAGUCGAAGAGAAUGAAGGUAGUGAGGAGAAGGAGGAAGAGGAAGAGGAGGAGGAGGAAGAAGAAGAUAUUUUGCGUGGUGAUGUAUUUAGAAUGCCCCCUCGUUUCCCAGUCCCUGUGCCUCCUACUGAAAUCCCUCCAUUGCCAAUUGGAUGUUCUUUCCUGGACAACACAGUAAGCUGUAUUAAUGCCAAACUUACACAAAUACCACCGAUCAUGGACAGAGAGAUUACAGGCAUAGAACUUGUGGGAAAUGCCAUCAUUGCCAUUCCAGAUGCAGCUUUCAAUGGGAUUCCUAAUUGGAAAGAUUGACUUCGUAAAAAUAACACCUCAUCCAGCAUAGGGUCACAUGCAUUAAAAAUCCUGAAAAAUCUGCAGCGUUUAUAUAUGGAUGGAAAUGCACUAGUCCAUGUUCCAGCUGGUUUGCCAUCAACUUUAGAAGAACUUAAAAUAAAUGAAAACCAACUACAUGCAAUUGAUGAAGACAGCUUUCAAGGUUUAAAAAAGUUGGUGACACUGGAAUUAGAAGGAAACAAACUUAGUGAAGCAAAUGUCAGCCCUUUAGCUUUCCAGCCUUUGAAGAGUUUGUCAUAUUUGCGGCUUGCACGAAAUAAAUUUCGGAUUAUUCCACAGGGUCUUCCCCAUUCCAUUGAGGAAUUAUACCUUGAUAAUAAUGAAAUUGAAGAAAUCACAGAUAUCUGCUUUAAUCAUACUAAAAAUAUAAAUACAAUUGUUCUACGGCACAACAAAUUAGAAGAAAACAGAAUAGCCCCUUUGGCGUGGAUCAAUCAUGAGAACCUGGAAUCUAUUGAUCUUUCUUACAAUAAGCUGUAUCAUGUUCCCUCCUAUCUGCCAAAGUCCUUAGUGCAUCUUGUACUUAUAGGGAAUCAAAUUGACAGAAUUCCAGGAUUUGUAUUUGGACACAUGAGGCCUGGUCUGGAGUACCUCUACCUUUCAUUUAAUAAACUUGAUGAUGAUGGAAUUGACCCUGUGUCAUUCUAUGGAGCAUAUCACUCUCUCAGAGAAGUGUUCUUAGAUCACAACCAGCUGAAGUCUGUGCCACUUGGAAUUGCAGAAAUGAGGUCACUAAAUUUUCUGAGGCUCAAUAACAACAAAAUAAGAGCGGUCCCUCCAGAGCGUAUCUGUAGAAUUAGAAGGGAUAAUGAGGAAGAAGAAGAUGAUAGUGACGAGGAUGAUGAUUAUGAAGAUUCACAACUGGAACAUCUUCAUCUUGAAUACAAUUAUAUCAAUACAAGAAACCUUUCUCCAUAUGCUUUUUCAUGUGUCAGAUCAUACUCUAGUGUGGUUCUGAAACCUCAGAAGAUCAAAUAAAUGAGCUGUUUUCUAUCACAAAACUUUUUUACAUGCAUAUAAAACACUUAUAUAUGCUCCUCAUCAAUGAGUAAAACCUAAUAACAUAUAAAAGGUGCCAGAGCACUAUUAUUGCUCAAUAUUAUUUAUUGUUAAUGAAGGGUGAGCUAUAAGUGUAGGAAUCCUUUCAGGAAAAUAACUGUUCAUUUCCAGAAAUAUAAGAGUAAAAGCCUAUUUCUCAUUUCAAGUAAGAUAAACUACAUACACAAAUGUUUAUUUAAAUGCCUAUGUUAUAAGGAAGCACAAUAAAAUUGGAUUUUAUUGGAGUUCUGAUAAACCUUGAAGACUUGAUUUGAUCAGCACUAGUCCAGCAGCUGUGCUGGGGCCUGGAGAUGCCUGAUUUAGCCAUGGUAACAUAUAAUGCUGGUUACAUCUCAUCUGGAUUACUAUAAUGUUGGUUUUCAUAACACAACUUUUGAAAAGUUAUCA